GAUCGUUGAAUGAAUAGGGCGUUUGAUUAUUCCUGAUUCUAGAUUAUGAGGGGCUAAUUUAACUUUAAAGCUAUAGUUUUUAAUAAAUCAAGCAUGGAUUUUAAGACCACCAUUGUGCUUUCAAUUUCUGGAUCUCAAGUAAGAAGAAGGGGAGAUCUGACUAGAGAAUUGCAAAUUUAUGACAUAAUUUUUGCAUAGAAUUUCAAAUUCUUGUUAGAAAUUAAUGGUCUAAAAAUCACUAGAUCUAGGACAUGAAGAUGAAGACAGAAGAUCCCCAUUGAAGUGAUUAGUGGAGAUCGUAAGUGGUAAGAGUGAGUGAUUUGCUGCUCAAGUCCUUUUGGGGUGCGGCUGCUGCGUUUCGGCGCUAUCUGACUCGUUGCACAAGGAAAGAACCACGGGAGAGAGGGGGUGAUGGCGAGAUACGACGGGGCGAUCACAGUGUUCUCCCCCGACGGGCACCUCUUCCAGGUGGAAUACGCACUGGAGGCGGUUCGCAAAGGGAACGCGGCCGUCGGCGUCGGGGGAACCGACACCAUUGUCCUCGGCGUCGAGAAGAGGUCCACCGCCAGGCUCCAAGAUUCCCGAACUGUUAGGGAAAUAGUAAAUUUGGAUUAUCAUAUUGCGUUAGCCUGUGCUGGGCUGAAAGCAGAUGCAAGAGUUCUUAUAAAUAAAGCGUGCAUAGAAUCACGUUAUGUUGCUGGGCUUCAGCAGAAGUAUACUCAAAGUGGUGGUGUCAGACCAUUUGGCCUUUCAACCUUGAUUGUUGGUUUUGAUCCUUACACUGGUGGUCCAUCACUCUAUCAGACAGAUCCCUCUGGAACAUUCUCUGCCUGGAAAUCCAAUGCCAUAGGAAGAAACGAAUUUUCCAUGCGGGAGUUCUUAGAAAAGAAUUAUAAAGAGACAUCAGGGCAAGAAAUUGUGAAGCUUGCAAAUCGUGCUUUUCUUGAAGUUGUGGAGGGUGGAGGGAAGAACAUCGAGAUUGCUGUGAUGACAAGAGAUAAGGGACUGCAACAACUAGAAGAAUCUGAAAUUGACUCCAUUGUGGCUGAAAUUGAGGCAGAUAAGGCAGCUGCUGAAGCAGCCAAGAAGGCAUCCCAUAAAGAGGGCACCCCUUGAACUCUUUCUUUUGUUCCAUAUGCUGACAUGGCUUAGAAGUCAUUGGAGAGAAAAUGUGGCACUUUUUUUAAUUUGUCAAGGAUUAGCUUACAAGUUACAAACUAACAAGAGGGAUUAGUUUUAUCAUUUUAUGAAGGAUAGUUGUCCCACGUUCUCUUGUUUUUACCCUUUCAAGUUUGUAUACUUAUGAUCUUCAAAUGCUAGAUAGCUAGAGGUAAUUCCAUGUACAAAAUUCAGUCAUGUUACCUGAUCUUCUUCACACAAACUUUCAUCCAGAAGGAGCCUUAGGCAAGGGUAUAUAUAUGUUGGUAAGGAUUAAAGCAGUGGAUGUAAGCGUGACAGGGUUUGUCUUACUGAACGGCCAUUGAUUAUUGAAAGCUUCACUUAUCCAA